AUGGGUCUCACUUAUCGUAUUUAUUUGAACGGACAACAUGGACGUGCAUAUCUUUUCGAUACAGUUGUGAAUGUUGAGGAAGGACCUUCGGAGGAUCGUAGUAUGACCACUGGCCUUCAUACCGUCAAGGAUAUCUUUUGUUCUCGCUGUCGAUCUGUGUUAGGUUGGAAAUAUGUGAGUACAAUUGUAAUUUUAUUGUUUAAUUCGUCCGGAAGUAUCGUAGAACCAGCAAGACCUGUGAAAGGAACUCAUGAUCGAUUUGAUAAUGAUCUGAUUAAAUCAGAUUAUAUUCGAAAAAUUGAAUUUUCCCAAGUAUUUGAACGUACGUUAGGUUCAGAUUCCGAUAUAGUCGGUAAAGAAUUAUAUCGAUUUAAGGAUAAAGAAGAUGAUUUGACUUUGAGACCAGAAGGAACCGCAGGAAUUGUUAGAUCAUUAAUAAGUAAUAAUUUAGAUCAGGAAUUACCUCGAAAGUAUUAUUAUCACGGAUCCAUGUUUCGACAUGAAAAACCUCAAAAGGGAAGGUUAAGACAAUUUGAACAAUUUGGAGUUGAAAUGUUUGGACAUGAUAAUCCUACUUCAGAUAUUGAAUUGAUUGAUAUGGCGAUGACAUUUUUAAAUAAAAUUGGAUUAAAUGAUAAAAUAGUGUUAGAAAUUAAUUCUUUGGCUGAUAUGGAAUCACGAACUCGUUAUAAGGAAGUAGUGAGAGAUUAUUUGCGUCUACAUGAGACUGAUUUAUCCGAAGAUAGCCUGAACAGAAUCCCAACCAACCCAUUACGAGUUCUCGAUUCCAAACAUCGUCAAGAUCAACCAAUCAUAAAAAAUUGUCCUCCCAUAUCAGAAUACUAUAAUUCCUCAUCAACUAAAAGAUUUGAAAUAGUUUGUCAAGGCCUUGUUAAAUUAGAUAUUCCUUAUAAAAUUAAUCAUCGAUUGACUCGAUUUUCAAAGCUUUCUCAUUUUAGAUGGGCAGCAGGAAUUGAUAGACUUGCAUUGAUAUUAGAUGAAUCAUGUAUACAACCAAAGACCAGACCAGUAGCUAUAAUAUCAAGUUUAAAAUAUAUAUUAGGAAAUAUAUUAAAAUCUAAUGCUUCUCAUGCUAUACUAAUAGGUGAAGAGGAAUUUAAAAAAUCUCAGAAUAACAUAUAG